AUAUAAAACGCUAAUGACAUUGACAGUAGUAGCUAGUACAUAGUAAAUCGGAUAAUUAAAUUAUUGGCAUUUAUCGACAAAUUUACCUUGUUUUACGCAUUUUUUCUCAAUUUUUAUUGUUAAUUUAACUAUGUCUUUUACAUAGACGUUCUUUUUAUAACUUUUCUGUGAAUUAACUCAAAUUUUUCUUUCAAUAAUCGGCCAAAAUGGAUGCUAUUGCAGGGACAACAACCAAGAAAUCUACUUCUUUGGAAACGUUAGUGAUACAAAAUAUAAGUAAUGUUAAUGAUUUAAAAACAAAACUGAACGAAAUCAUUCGAAUCGGAAAAGAGUACGAAUUCGAUGUUUCGUCAUGUCUUAAAUCAUUAAUAUGCAAUAGCGACCAUGAAAUAGUGCUAUUGAGCGUACAGGCGAUAUCAGAACUUGUCAAAUGUGAGGAUAAAAGAGUAACUUACUCUCAAAAAGAAAUUAUACAGCCUAUAUUGAAUUAUCUUGAGAAAGACUUAACUUCAGAUAACAUUGGCCUUAUUAAGCAGUGCUGCAGGGCUCUAGGUAACUUGUGCUGCGACUGUGAUCAGGCAAGAAAAAUAAUACUGGACUGUGAUGGUGUGCCAGUCAUUGUGAAUUUGUUGAAAAGAACAUUGGAUACUGAAUUUGGAGAAAUAAAAAUGUUUACCUCAAAAACUCUUCUAAAUUUCUGCAUUGGCGGCCAGCAAUUUUCAGAAGCAAUUGUCCAAGGAAAUGUGGUAGAUGUUCUUAAAAAUAUUUUGAAUUUGGAAUUGGAAAAAGAUGAUAUGGAUGAUGAUAUGGUGUCUACAGCUUUGUUGAUUCUGAGUGUGAUAAAUGACAACACUCCAGAAUUCUUGUAUGAUGAGGCUGUGAAUACAGCUGUGCUUAAUAUAUUAAAAGAUACUACCAACAUUGAAAUUUCUGAGUUAUGCUUGGAUCACCUACAUGCCCAGGCUGAACAUGAUUCAGUGAAGACUCUUUUAGCGAAUGAAGGUGGAGUGCAGACAGUAUGCUCUCGCCUAGAGCAGUUCACACAGAAGCAUGAGGCUGGGGACUUGAAUGCAGAUGAUUCAGAGGUAGAGACUAUCAUGAAGCAGGCGUGUGACUUGGUCAUUAUUGUGUUAACUGGAGAUGAAGCAAUGCAUAUCCUGUACAAGAAUGGAAUUGGAGAAGUGUACCUGACCAUGGUGAAAUGGCUGGACUCGCCCAACUACAACCUCCUGACUACAGCUGUGUUGGCUAUUGGUAACUUUGCACGGCAGGACGAUUACUGCGCGCAAAUGAUGGACGAUAAGAUAUUUGACAAGUUGUUGGAUAUAUUCGAAAUAUACCAUGGUUUCGCGGUGCGCAUGCGCAAAGAACCUGAUGUACCCCAUCCAAUAGAUUCAGCAACAGUUACUAAGAUCCAGCAUGCAGUACUGUCAGCCUUGAGGAAUUUAACUGUGCCAGUUGCUAAUAAGCGUGUGGCGGCAGCGCAGGGCCGCGCGGCACCAAUCUUCCUCAGCGCUUUGCCCCAUAUAGAAGAUCACCAUGUGGCCUAUAAACUGUUAGCAGCGAUACGGAUGUUGGUUGAUGGGCAAGAGGGUGUGGCCAAGCAGUUGGCUAGCGACUCGUCCGCGUUGGCCAGUGUAGCGAAGUGGGGACACGCGGGAGAAUACGCCGGCGCGGCUGGGGAAGCACCGCGGCUGCUCGCCUGGGCGGUCAAACAGUUGCGCCACCAUACACAUUGGAGGCACAUUGUUGAGGUCGACGGAUGCAUAUCGAGUCUCGUGAACAUGUUAGUGGCAAGUCAUUCGUUGAUGCAAAACGAAGCAAUAUUAGCUCUUACACUUCUAGCAAUAGAGUCCUUAAAACGGCCUUCUCCAGACACUGAGCAACCCAACUUCGACUACGAAAAGAACUUCAUUGCCCAGUUAAUAAAAUCCGAAAUAGGUAAGCAUGUGUCUGUGCUUGUAGAUACUAAUUGCGCCAAAAUGCCAGUAGAGGUCGCUGAGAAUCUAUUAGCAUUUUUAGACAUAACCUCAAAAAAGAACAAAGUGGCUUUCGAUUAUAAAGAAGCUAAGGUUCCAGAAUCGUUGAAGAAAUUUUCUGAUUCUAGAACAGAUUUUAGUGAUGAUCUUAAAGCUUGUAUUGCUGGAGUCAUUUUGGCUAUUAACGAUAACUGUAAAUCUGGUUAGAAAAAUAUAUAUUUAUUAUACUAUUCUUAACAAUCUAGUCAUAGUUUAAACUGCGUUUUCAACUAUAAUUAAUGCUAUAUUUCAUGCAUUUAAAGCUACUGUUAAGUUUACAAUGCUAUUGGAACGUUUCACAUUGGUUUUAGCUAAGACAUAUUUAUUAUGGUAUAAAAAGAAUUAGAUAGAACGCCAAAAGGCCAAAGUUUACAGAAUAGCAAUAUGUAAAGUUUACAAUAAAACAUUUGUAAUUAAAUUACAACAAAAAUUAAAUAUUAUUCCGUAAUCAAACUUAUACAUGAUGGAGCUAUUCAUUUAGCAAAGAUUAUAUACGACUUUUGUACAAUCGCCAAGGUUUCAUGACAUGUCUUCUCCGAGAUUGUAUGUUUAAAUGUCUUUCCUCUAUUCUGUUCAUUUGAAUUUUCAAGAUAAUGGCGUUUAUUAACUAUUCAUAAAACUGUGAUGAUUGUACAAAAAAUAUGACGCAUAUUCUUCGGUAUUAAUGUCAAUCUUAUGUUCCUCACUCGUUGAUGUAAAGUUCAACCUCCAUAAUUUGUUUAAUCGCACGUGAUUAUUCGUAAGGAAAAUUAAUGAGAUGUUUAUAACACUAUCUCAUUUUUUUACAUUCCUAUAAAUAUUAGAUUCCAUACGAUUUAUUUAACAAUAUUCGUAAUAUCUUAAAUUAGAGCAUUAAAUCGAGUUUUUAUGGCAAGUUUUAAUUGAACAUGAGUAAGUAUGAUAGAGGGGAAGUUGGGGUUUUAUGUCUUUUUAAUUUUCAAUAUAUUUUUUAAAACCUUGUUUAUUUUUUCGAACAUCAAACAAUUAUGUUUAUGCAGUAUGCCUGUCGAUGCAAUUUUUGGUAUUCACUUAAAGAACUAUGCUGCCGAAUGCGGCCUAAAAACAUGAACCUUCACACCAAUUUACAUUGUUUAUAAAUCGUACACUUGUUAUAUGAACUCGAUAACGUUAUAUAUAGUAGCGAUUGUUGUAAAGCUUAUUAUAAACACAUACAAAACUAUAGCAAUACUGAAGGAAUACUCAGAGUACAAUGUAGUCUCACAUAGUUUGUAUACUGAUACGUGAAUAUAUUCUUAUAUCUAUAGCUAUGAGGCUAUUCAUUUCGUAUUUAAAUUAAUAGUUACCUCCGCAAUUAGUAUAUUUGUAGCAAAGUAAAGUGGGGAUUUGUGGAUCGAUUAGAAACUAUAUCCAUAGAGGUUGUUUUUAUGGGGAAUACACAUUUGUUUUCAAUUUAAUAAAUGCUUAUCUAUUCAGAAUUAAAUGUGUAGGAAUCGGUCUUAUUACUGUAUCAUAAUUAUUAUAUGCCAAGUACAUGACACCGUCGGUUUAGUAUUGUAUUGCAUGUGCCAAAAGUAUUAUUCGAAAGAAAUGAAAGAUAAAUUGUUAUAGAUUGGGAACGUAAUUGAAUUAUCUUAUAUAUAGCGUUGAUACAUUUUUAUGCAAUGUAUGAAAUCCUUGAGAAAAUUGUUUCUAUGCUGAUUCGUAAAAUUCCUAAUGCCACGUAAACAUAACUUUUGAUGGACACAAAAUGAAUUACUGCAACAAAUAUACUGAAUGUGUAGCUUUCCCUAUAUUCACAAUUUAUUAGAAUAAUUAAGAAUCCGAUAGUGCACUUAUUAAAUUCUAUGCUUGAAUGAGAUCGAGUUAGCUUUAUUGUGUAGUCACGGAGCUAUGGCUGUGCGAAUGAAUGUUAAUGUUUAUCCUUGAGAUUUUCGUCUAUGACCAUAUUGGAGACUGACUUUUUUAAAAAUUGAUUUUCAAUUCAAGGAUUCAAUCCUUGAAUUGAAAAACAAUUUUUAAAACAUGUCAACUAUGAUAAAUUAGUCUAAUAAACUAAUACAAAGUUUUUAAUUUUCCAUUCCAUAUAAUAUUGUGCCUGCAAUAAUUAAAAAAAUUUUGCUAGUUUUAUUUGUAUAAUAUUGUUUAUAAAUACUUAGGACCAUUCUUGUCCAAUUCACUCUGCAUUUUUUUAAUUAUAAAUAAAAAUUCGGGUUUUUAAAAUCCCAAGUCUCCAAAUAGUCUUAUCGAAAGUCUAAUUAAUAUGGAACUUGUAACAUGAACGGAAACACCAUUUUAUUAAUAACUUAGUAAUCCAGUUAUUGUAUUUUUUUUAUUGUAAUUAGAUUAUUAAGCUUCAAUAGUUUAUAUUAUAGUGUUUAUAAACGUUAAUCUUGUUAUGCACAUUUCGAUAUAGUUUUAUGGACCAAUAUUUAAUAAUUCAUUAUAAAGUAUUAUAAUUUUUUAUAUCAAUGUAAAUAUCAUUAUAAAUGCGCCCUGUUCGAGUUCAGAGGACCAAAACCAGAUUCGGUUCCAACUUCAGUGAUGAGUCAUAUCUACAGAAAUUGACGUAAAUGGUCCCUGUCUUACUUUUCUUUUUCAGGAACAAUAUGUUAAAAAAAUAAUAAGACCAUUGUCCUGUGUGGGAUUUUUUUUAUUGAUAAGACAAAUUUUAUUCGUUGUUUGCCUUUAUAUUUUCGGGAUCAUUGUAGACUUUAAAUUCAGAAUGAAAAUCCAUGAUAAGAUUAAAAUUAUUUGUGCUAAAGUGAUUGUCUUGUUUUUUUUUUUUUUUUAUAAGGGCGUGUGUAACUUAAUAUUUAUAUGUUUAUCAAUAAUUUCCUAUACAUGUCUUCUUUUAUUUUUUCUAAAUUUUUUAUAGGAAUCAAAGGACUUUGUUUACAUAUACUAAGUUCAUAGUUACGCUUGUCAGAAUUUUGCUGUAAUAAAGAUUAUUGGAUCUCA